AUUUUUGUUGCUAUCAGCAAGAGCUUCCUAGGCGGCAUUAGGCUGGUCUGCCACCUUCUCUGCGCUGUUUUCAUUUUUUGGGCCUGGUCUCCUUGACGUUUUCCUGUCAUGGCUUCCAAUGUCAUACCCUGGUAUAAGAAGAAGGCUGUGAGCCAAGUUAAAACUGAUUAUGCUUAUCAUCACAGUAAAUAUGUUGUCAAGCAGCAGACAGAAAGGAAAUCAAGCUCCAAGUCAGCCCACCUGGUGCAGACUCAGGCCACAGAAGCUAUGGCAGAACCAGCCUAUACCAUACCGGCUUCUCGGCUGACGACUACCACAGAAACUGAGGAGUAUCAGAGAGUCACUACAAAUGUGGGAAAAGGACUGGCUGUUAUUCAGGAGGAGCUGCACAGAAUGAGGAUGGCGACUAAAGCUCAGGUGGAGAGUAUUGCUAUCCAAAAAGAGGUUAAGGACAUGAUGAAAAAGAGAGGGGAUUUAUUGGAAGAAGUUCCCAGAAUGCCAGACUUCCUGAUGGCCCUGAGGCCCCACACUGUCUGGGAGAAGACUCCAGUGAAGCUAUUUUGCACUGUGGAGGGUAACCCACGACCUAUUGUUAAAUGGUAUAAAGGAGGAGCUCGUGUUGACCCACUGAGUGCCCCAGGAAAGUACAAGAUUGAGAGCAAGUAUGGAGUCCACAGUCUGAUCAUUAGCAGGUGUGUAGUGAGUGAUACUGCAGAGUAUUGUGCUGUGGCAACCAAUCAACAUGGCACAACUACCAGCAAGGCCAUGGUCACUGUAAAGAGACCAGCAGGAGUUGGAGAGUCCUGUCAGCUUGGUCUAGUGCCCCAUCUGACUGAGAUCCAUCCCAGUAAGCUUGAGGUCACUCUGCUGGAGAGGUUCCCAGUGAGUUUUGGUGUCGAGGGCAGCUCCAUCAAACUUGUCUGUACUAUGGUGGUUGUCCCUGACCUCCCCAACGUACCACCCCUGACCCAGUGGUACAGAGAUGAUAAACUGUUGAAACCAACUAAGCUGGUAGAGAUGUCAGUGGGUGGAGGUGCAGCAUCUCUGACUCUGCCUCAACUGGCCAAAGAUGAUGAGGGCCUGUACACCAUUCGUAUCUUCACAAAAGACGGCACCGCUGAGCACAGCGCCUACCUGUUUGUGUCAGAUGCCCCUGCGUCUAUAGAAGGUGCUCCCGGUGCACCAAUGAGCGUCAAGGCAUAUGACGUCAACUCGGAUUACGUCCUGGUUGCCUGGAAACCCCCCAACACCGUCAACGAGGCACCAAUCACCGGAUACUUUGUGGAUCGCUGUGAAGCUGGCAAUGACACCUGGGUUCAGUGUAACACGGCACCAGUAAAGGUUUGCAAAUACCCAGUGAAUGGUCUCAGUGUGGGCCACUCCUACUACUUCCGAGUGAGAGCUGUGAACAGCGCAGGCAUCAGCAGACCUUCACGCAAGUCUGACAAAGUCACAGCCAUCGAUGCUGCAGAGAGUGAGCGCCUGCAAGUGAUUAAAAUUGAAGGGAAAUAUGACAUAGUGAUCAAGGAUGAUGAACUGGAAGGCUAUGUAACUGUCCCUGGCGAGCCCACGGACGUGCAUGCGUCUGAGAUUUUCAAAUCGUAUAUGGUGCUGAGCUGGAAGCCUCCCAGCCCUCGCGGACGAGCUCCGCUCUGGUACAUCAUUGAGAAGUGCUUAGCAGGCACUGGAGUAUGGCAGCGGAUCAACACAGCCGUCAAACUGCACUCACCCCGUUACCCAGUUUUUGAUUUGCAAGACGGGCAAAAGUACCAGUUUCGAGUCUAUUCUAUCAACAUGUACGGUUCCAGCCAGGCCUCAGCACCUUCAGAGCCCAUCCAAAAGGUCAAUGAGGAUGGCGUUCCCUCUGCUCCUGGGAAGGUUGUUGCCACCAGAAACACCAAGUCUUCUGUGUUUGUCCAGUGGGAGACUCCAAAACAUCUGAAGAGUCUGAUGGGCUAUUACAUUGAUGGUCGAGUUGUUGGAGCCAAAGAGUGGUUCCCUUGUAACCACAAACCCUUCAGACAUAACAGGUUUGUGGUGCACGGCCUUAUCCCAGGGGAGAGCUAUGUGUUCCGUGUGCAAGCUGUCAACAUCUUCGGCCUCAGCGAAGAGUCUCAGGAGUCCUCUCCCAUCGCUGUGGAGCCUGCUCUGGCCACUCCCAGCGCUCCGUACGGUAUCACCAUGCUGAGCUGUGAUGGCUCUUCCAUGACUUUGGCCUGGAAGAGUCCCAAACACUGCGGUGGCUCCAAGGUCAACGCUUAUUACAUCGACAAACGGGACGCUGACACUUUGGUGUGGAAGGAGGUCAACCUAGCUGCUGUCACUGAAAGGAUCUGCACUGUGGACAACCUAACAGAGGGAAUUUUUUACGAGUUCAGGAUCCAGGCUGGUAACCUAGCUGGUGUUGGUCUACCAUCAGCUCCCAGUGCCCCAAUGAAAUGUGAUGCUUGGACCAUGGAGCAGCCAGGUCCAGCCUAUGACCUGAGCUUCAGUGAGGUCAGAGGUGACUCUCUGGUCAUCCUAUGGAAAGCUCCUAUUUAUACUGGAGCUAACGCUGUUACUGGAUACUUUGUGGACAUGGCUAAGAAGGGUUCAAGUGAGUUUGUUACUCUGAAUGGGGAACCUGUGAGUCAUCAUUACCUGCAGGUGACUGGACUUCAGGAAGGGAAUAGCUACGUCUUCAGAGUUCGUGCAGUCAAUUCAAAUGGUGUUGGAAAACCUUCUGAGCUGUCUGAGCCAGUCUCUGCCAAAGCUCUUCCAGGAACAACAGAGAUAGUAGCCGGCGUGGAUGAGGAGAAUGGAGAUGUUUUCCUGUCAUUUGAGGCCUGUGAGAUCUGUGAAACAUCUAAGUUUGUGUGGUCAAAGAACUACAAACCUAUUGGUGAUUGCCCUAGGGCCACCGUCUCAGCAAAGGGCAGAACCUCCAGACUUACUUUCACCAACCCUGAUAAGGAUGAUCUGGGCAGAUACUCUGUGGUCGUCACUGACACAGAUGGAGUUUCUUCCAGCCACACUCUGACUGAGGAUGCUUUAAACACGAUGCUUGAGCUCAGCUACGCCAUCAGGCAUCCAGUUGUUCCUCUGAAACACAGUCUCAACUAUGAGAUUUUGGAGAAGGGACACGUGCGUUUCUGGCUGCAGGCCGUCAAGCUGUCUCCAUCCCUUUCCUACAGGUUCAUUGUUAACGACAAAGAGGUCACCAGUGGGGAGGGUCAGAAGAUCAGCCACGAUGUUGCUUCAGGUGUCAUCCAGAUGACUGUGGAUCAUUUCACCAGAGCCAAUGAGGGCACAUACACCGUCCAAAUCAAUGAUGGCAAAGCCAAAACCCAGAGUUCUCUGGUCCUGGUGGGAGAUGCAUUCAAGGCUGCUCUGAAGGAGGCUGAGUUUCAGAGAAAAGAGCACAUUAGGAAGCAAGGUCCACAUUUCUCUGAGUAUCUGGAUUUCACUGUCUCUGAGGAUUGUACAGUGAUGCUCACCUGCAAGGUGGCCAAUGUAAAAAAGGACACUUCUUUCCACUGGUACAAAGAGGAUGAUGAGAUUGUUCCAGAAAGUCCACCCAAUGUCAUGUCUGGAGCCUGUGCUCUUCCUUUGCCUUUGUUCUCCAGGAAAGAUCAAGGUGUUUACAAGGCUGUGUUGAGUGAUGACAAAGGAAAGGACACUUCUGUUUUUGACAUUUCUGGCCAAGUGUUUGAUGACAUCAUCAAUGCAAUUGCUCGCAAUGCUGGUGCGUCUGCCUCUGAGCUGGUCAUGCAGUGUACUCCAGAGGGCAUCAGGCUGCAAUGCUACAUGAACUACUACACAGAGGAGAUGAAGACUGUCUGGAAGCAUAAGGAGAGUAAGAUUGCCUCCUCUGAGAAGAUGAGGAUUGGUGGCACUGCAGAGAUGGCCUGGAUGCAGAUUUGUGAUCCAUCUGAUAAGGAGAAGGGUCACUAUGCCAUCGAGAUCUCAGACGGCGUUACAACCCACACUAGGACGUUUGACCUCUCUGGACAAGCAUACACUGAUGCCUAUGAAGAGUAUUUAAGACUUAAGGCAGCUGCAUUUGCUGAGAAGAACCGUGGUAGAGUGGUUGGUGGACUGCCUGAUGUGGUCACUAUUAUGGAAGACAAGUCUCUUAGCCUGACUUGCACUGUGUGGGGCGAGCCGACCCCCGAGGUCACCUGGUUCAAAAAUGAGCAGGAAGUAGCAUCCAAUGAGCACACCCGAGUGACAUUUGAUGGUGGGAAGUUCGCCAGCUUGGUCAUCAAUAAAGUCACCACUGACGACUCUGGCAAGUACAGCAUCAACGUUCGAAAUAAGUACGGUGGCGAGUUUGUGGAGAUCACCGUCAGCGUCUACAGGCACGGAGAGCCAAUCCCCGAGCCCAAACUAGGACAGCCUAAAACAGCCACGCCGGCAGCCCAGCCUGUGCCGAAAUCUCCAGCCCCCUCCAAGACUCCCAUCCCAGCUAAGCCCCAGACCCCUGCUCAGUCCAUGAAGAGCCCAACUCCUGCCUCUACCCCCUCUUCGACACCAGCCCCCAAGUCCCCGACUCCAACUCCAAAGUCUCCUACUCCUCCCCGCAGUGUCAAGUCUCCAACCCCCCCCAGAUUCAUGAAGUCUCCCACCCCACCCAGAAAGUGAAAGGUGGGGUACUGAUGUCUGAGAGCAAAACAUUCAUUGUUAGCAACAUUAAGAAUUAACAGGAGGGUGAAACUAGGGGCUGUUUGUUAGUUUCUUUAGUUGGAUGAAAAAAAAAUUUAAAACUGCUGCUUAUACUGAAUUACAAGCUUUAAAAAAUGAGCCAACAUGUAACUACACGAUGUUCAUCACGAAGUGAAAGACAAAGGAAAAACUCACAAGUAAGUUAAUGUUUUAGAAGCAAACUUGGUCAGUGUGCAGUUUCAGUUGAAUGUCUGUUUCCUGUUUUAUUUCCUGAUUUAUAAAACUAAUGGUCUUAUUUCCAAGGCCUCAAUGUUGGUGUGAGAAAGGCAUGGAACUCAAACCAGUUUCAUACACCAGCUUUGGUCCUUCAUGCAGACAAGUAUUUUCCUUCAACUAAAGAACUGACCCAUCAGUGUUCCCAGGUUUUAGAAAUAAAAAUUAUAUGAUUAAUAAAUACUUUAGAUCCUCAUUACAAGAGAACUUGUGUCCUGUUGGAAUAUACCAAUUGUAGAAGUUCCUCCACGUUCGCUAGACUAGUUUUUGCUCUCUCUCACAGUACACUUCAUUUUUAUGUCAUCAUAAAGCCUGUCACUUGGGAUGUAAGUAAACAUAUUUACUUUCUGCCUUCAUCUUUGUGCCGGAACAAUCCAACUUUGUGGAUUGUCCUGUUUGUGUCUCUGUAGUGCUUUGUGGUGGCAAUAAAACACACGUAUCAACCUCA